CCAAUCAAGAUGAAUUCAACAGUAGUUUUCCAGGUUGAAAAUCAUUCAAUCAACUAUAAUUUUUCAAAGAAUAAUUCCCAGUUUUUGGCUUUUGAAAUUGAUGAUUGUCAUCUGCCUUUGGCCAUGAUAUUUAUAUUAGCUCUAGCUUAUGGAGCUGUGAUUAUUCUUGGGGUCACUGGAAACUUGGCCUUGAUUGUAAUCAUCUUGAGACAAAAAGAGAUGAGAAAUGUUACCAACAUCCUGAUUGUGAACCUUUCCUUCUCAGACUUGCUUGUUGCCAUCAUGUGUCUCCCCUUCACUUUUGUCUACACAAUAAUGGACCAUUGGGUUUUUGGUGAGGCAAUGUGCAAGUUGAAUCCUUUUGUGCAAUGUGUUUCAAUCACUGUGUCCAUUUUCUCUCUGGUUCUCAUUGCUGUGGAACGACAUCAGCUGAUAAUCAACCCACAAGGGUGGAGACCAAAUAACAGGCAUGCUUACAUAGCUAUUGCUGUCAUUUGGCUUCUUGCUAUGGCUUCUUCUUUACCCUUCCUGAUCUAUCAAGUCUUGACAGAUGAACCACUCCAGAAUUUUACACUUGAUGGCUACAAGGACAAAUACGUAUGCUAUGAUAAAUUUCCCUCGGAAUUUCAUAGGUUGUCUUAUACGACUCUCCUCUUGGUGCUGCAGUAUUUUGGCCCACUCUGUUUUAUAUUUAUUUGCUACUUCAAGAUAUAUAUACGCUUAAAAAGGAGAAACAACAUGAUGGACAAGAUGAGAGAAAACAAGUGCAGGUCCAGUGAAACCAAAAGAAUCAACAUCAUGCUGUUGUCCAUUGUAGUAGCAUUCGCAGUCUGCUGGCUGCCUCUGACCAUCUUUAACAUUGUGUUUGAUUGGCACCAUCAGGUUAUUGCUGUAUGCAACCAUAAUCUCUUCUUCCUGCUCUGCCACCUCACUGCAAUGAUAUCCACCUGUGUCAACCCCAUAUUUUAUGGAUUCCUGAACAAAAAUUUUCAGAGGGACUUGCAGUUCUUCUUUAACUUUUGUGAUUUCCGGUCUCGGGAUGAUGACUAUGAGACAAUAGCCAUGUCUACCAUGCACACAGAUGUUUCCAAGACUUCUUUGAAGCAAGCAAGCCCAGUCACACUUAAAAAAAUCAACAACAAUGAUAAUGAUCUGAAACUGCUGUAG